AUGGAUCCGCCGAUGACCCCGACACCUGGCGGUGCAGUCUCCCGACCGCCUCGUCCCUCGCAUUCAUCGAGCCCCAGCAAACGUCCACAGCGCAAGGAUUACCCACCUUCUGCUGAUAACAGCGCUAGCUAUCGCCCAAUGGGCGAUCGGGCCUCUGGGGGCCCAGUAGCCGUCUCCGAGGCUACCAACGAGACCCGCUUCGAUUCCCCCGCUGAUAAUGCUGGGAAAACCUCCAAGUCCUCUAAACGCAAGAAGAACCGCAAUCGCAAACGCCGCAACCGCCACCAAUCUUUUAUACCACCUGACCGCGAGCGUUCUGAGGAUAGCCCCAGGCCGAACGUAGGUGCUGGAGACGACUCAAUGGAGGCCGAUCGGCCAACCUCGAGGGACACUCAGUCGUUCUUCAAGCUGGGACACAAUUUGAGCAAUACAAGCUUGGAAAGCGAGGCGUUAUUAGAUCACCGCGAACAGCAUUCAAUGCGACCUCGCCGUGACAGUCGCCCUGGCUCGUCAUUCCGACCCGGCUCCCUACUAAACACUGUAUUCCGAUCGAACGAUGGACAAUCCCGCAAUACCCCCAGAGCAGGAAGAAGCCGCCAAUACCAAGACGAAGAUAGCGAGGAGGAGGCCAAUGAUCGGACGCCGUUGAUGCGGUCAGGUUCCAAUCAGAACCCCAACCACAAUCGCUAUGGAACAGACAGCCGUGCAGGUAUCUUCGCAAACCGGGCUCGACAACCCUCCGUUCAGACAGUCUCCUCCGGUUGCUCGCCCAGGGACAACCGUAGCCCGCUAUAUUCCCCCGCUCUUGACCGAGACUACGAUGUCAACAACCCGCCAUCAAUCCCUGGGUCUCCAAAGGUGGGCCCCGAGAUGGGGUACGAGGACGCAGUUGUAACUGGGGCGGACUGGGAUUUCACAUUGGCGCGGUCUUUGGAAAACCGCAGGGACUCGCUUAACAUUCUCAAUGAUACCCUGAUUGAUAUCGAUGGGAGCGGUGUACACCCGCAUUCUGCGCCAUCUUCGUGCCCCGGGUCACCACGCCUUUCUCCGCAGCCGGAUGCGCGACGGAGGCGAACCGUGGCUCUUCCCGCCGCAGAAGACGUGUGCUUCCCCACCGAGACAAUCUCAGAGAUUGGAGACGAGGGACCUAGGCAGAUGGGCAACGAGAUCGGUGAGCGCCGAAGGCGCAGGCACCGACGAUGGCCCGAUCUGUCUGCCUUGGAAGAAUGGAGCCGCGAGGAGAAGGAGGGACGCAAUGGGGACUUUGGAGCCAAGAAGAUCAGUGAGCCGAUGCUCAUCGAAGGUCGGCUACGCCCCCAAUACAAAACUUGGAAGCGCGAGGAAGACGAGGCACCUUACCGGUUCACUUACUUCAACGAGGAGUUCCCGAGCACUAUCCAUGCUCAAACCAUAUCAGAGCUGGUGCAGCCUGGUAGCAGCUUCCGGGAUUUGUUCAUCCCCGAGCCUCCAGAGCUGGAGGACUCGUCGGAUGAUUCAGACACAGACGAUGAGACAUUCAUGGACAACCCAAAUAACCACCCCCAUCUUGGCAGCAAGCCAGCCUCUCACCCGGACAUACAGGGUAUGAGCCAGCCUCAGGGCCAAGGCCAUCAAACCAACGUCAAGCCCUCCACGACGGCUCCGAAUCUCUCAAUACCUGCUGCACGCGAUACAGCGGAUCUUAUCUCUGGAACCGCUCCUCCUGUUCGGGGUCCCUCGCGGUUAUCCGUCAUCAGUGAAGGGCGCGCCGACUCCAACCGUGAGCUGUCACCCACACAAUCGAACCCUCCUCAGGACCGAACUUCUCGACCCAAACCGAAACGGUACGGGCCGCGGCCCACUUUCUGGCUUGACGUUCUCUCCCCGACGGAUGCAGAAAUGCGUACGAUCGCAAAGGCAUUCGGCAUUCACGCUCUGACCGCAGAGGAUAUUAUGAUGCAAGAAGCUCGAGAGAAAGUGGAGUUGUUCCGAAGCUACUACUUUGUCCACUAUCGCACGUUCGAACAGGAUACCAACAGCGAGGAUUAUCUCGAGCCUGUGAAUAUGUAUGUGGUCGUAUUCCGUGAAGGCGUCAUUUCCUUCCAUUUCUCUCAAACACCCCACCCGGCCAAUGUGCGCCGUCGCAUUCGGCAAUUGAUGGAUUAUCUGAUCUUGAGCUCGGAUUGGAUCUCAUACGCCUUGAUCGACGACAUCACGGACGUCUUCGGGCCGCUCAUCCAAGCCAUCGAGGAUGAAGUUGACGAGAUCGAUGAAAUGAUCAUGCAGAUGCACUCAUCCUCAUCAGGCAAGGAGGGCUCGUCAAAUGACAGCGUGCUCCCAUCCUUCGCCCCGGGCGAAAUGCUUCGACGCGUUGGAGAAUGUCGCAAAAAGGUCAUGGGACUGUAUCGAUUGCUUAGCAACAAAGCAGAUGUAGUCAAGGGCUUUGCCAAGCGUUGCAAUGAGCAAUGGGAGGUUGCACCCAAGUCCGAAAUUGGUCUCUACUUGGGUGAUAUUCAAGAUCACAUUAUGACCAUGACAGGCAACUUGACGCAUUACGAAACGAUCCUCUCCCGCGCGCAUUCCAACUAUCUAGCGCAGAUCAACAUUCUCAUGAACGAGCGCCAGGAGCAUACUGCCGAUGUGUUAGGCAAGCUGACUGUCCUUGGUACCAUUGUGCUACCCAUGAACAUCAUCUGCGGCAUGUGGGGAAUGAACGUGAAGGUGCCGGGUCAGGACAUUGACAGCCUGACCUGGUUCUGGUGUAUUACCGCUGGACUGGUUGUAUUUGCCUUGGUCUCGGUCAUCAUUGCCAAACGGGUCUACAAAAUUGUAUAG